CUAUUGACAUUUCCUGUUGCUAUUGCAUCGACAAUAAAAACUUAUAUUUACUAUCAAGGUACAAAGGUCAAACGAAAGUUUUCACUUUCAGGAUGCUUUUUGCAAGACAUUUAGUAAACACUGGGAAGGUUUUGGUCCCUAACAUUAGGACCAUGGCAUCACAGAGUGGACCUUUAGUUGAUUUGUCCGUGGAUAAAGAUGGUAUAGCUGUGUUAACUAUGAACAGGCCGCCUGUAAAUAGUUUAAACCUAGAACUUCUACAAGAAAUGAGUAAAUCACUGGAUGAAGUAGCAAAAAAUAAAACUAAGGCAAUGAUCCUUACUUCUUCCUCACCAACAGUAUUUUCGGCUGGUUUGGACAUAAUGGAAAUGUAUAAACCUGAUUUAAAAAGGGCAGAGCAAUUUUGGACAACACUACAAGAUGUCUGGUUAAAAUUAUUUGGCUCCAAUUUUAUAACUGCUGCUGCUAUUAAUGGCCAUGCACCUGCUGGGGGUUGUCUGUUAUCAAUGUCAUGUGAAUACAGGGCUAUGGUGAGUGGUAAGUAUGCUAUAGGCCUGAAUGAGACAGCCCUAGGUAUUGUUGCUCCCACUUGGUUUAUGGAUACAAUGUGUCAUACAAUACCAAUAAGACAAGCGGAAUAUGCAUUAACUACUGCUAAAAUGUUCUCAGUGGAAGAAGCGCUUAAGGUUGGUCUAAUAGAUGAAGCGGCAACAGACAAAGCAGAUGCCAUCGAGAAAUGUAAACAAUUUAUAAAGAAAUUCGACAAAAUCCCUCCUCUAGCACGAGCUGUCACCAAACAGAAGAUACGACAAGCACCUUUGGCAAGAUUACAGAAGAAUAGACAACAAGAUCUUGAAGAGUUCCUAGGUUUUCUGAAAAACCCUGUAAUCCAACAAGGUUUAGAAAUGUACAUACAAGCAUUGAAGCAGAAAGCUGCCAAAUAGAAUAAAUUAUAUCUAAGU